AUGAUCUCACUUUCCAUUGAGCUCUGGUUCACUCUUGCACAUUCUGAAACCCCAGAGUGUGCCACAGCCAUCCUCAACAAGGCCCACAAGGCUGUGCCUACAUUGCACAAGAUCUUGAUUACUGCUGGAUGCCUGCUUGAGCAAGAGGCCAUGGGUGACCCCGACAAGUCUUUAGAAACUAGAAAUAUGGACCUUGAGCUGGUGGACAAUAUCAUCAAAUUUGUGGCUGAAGGAGGCAGUCACAUGUUGCUAGAGAAGGGAUGGCUUGUCCAUCUGGCAAACAAGAUGUUAUGGACAGAGUCUGUUAGUGUGAAAGAACAAUCUGGCAUAACUGCACAGGCAAAAGCAAUGCUUGCCCAUGGCCUAUGGUUGUCAUAUGCCAUUCUAGACCCUCAACUCUAA